UUGCACGAAUAGAUUCCCCAUUCUGUCCAUAAUCAACAAUCAUGUCUGGACUCAAGAUCGUAUUCGGCGGCGCUGGCCUCAACAACGGCAGACCAUUGGCAGAAACCGCCACACUGAAACGUGCCUACGAUGUCCUCCUCGCAGCAGGUGUCAAAACCAUCGACACAGCCAACCUCUACGGCGACAGUGAAACCAUCCUGAGCGAAACAGGCGCCCCAAGCCGCUUCACUCUCGACACCAAAACCCGCGGUGGCUUCAACAAGGAAAACGGAGCCUCACGAGAGAACAUCCUCAAAGAAGCCCAAAACAGUAAAGACAAACUCGGCCAAGUCGAUAUCUUCUACAUUCACGCUCCAGACCCAAACACGCCAAUAGAAGAAACUCUCUCAGCCAUCAAUGAAGUCCACAAGACCGGUUUCUUCAAACGUUUCGGUCUGUCGAAUUACAAAGCCGAAGAUGUCGAAAAGGUCUACAAUCACUGCAAGGAAAAAGGAUAUCCAUUGCCUCAAGUCUAUCAAGGGAAUUAUAGUGCCGUAGCGAGGAAGCAAGAGGAGCUUUUGUUUCCGACGCUCCGCAAGCUGGGGAUUUCGUUCUAUGCGUAUAGUCCUCUGGCGGGAGGAUUCUUGUCCAAGUCGAAGGAGGAUAUUGAGAAGGGCUCUGGUCGAUUCAAUAAUACUGAGAGCGGUGCAAGCAUGUACAAGAAAUUGUACGGAAAGCCAGCACUGCUCAACGCACUGGAGCAAUGGGCGAGCAUUGCGAAAGAUGAAGGAAUCACGAGAGCCGAUUUGGCUUAUCGAUGGGUUGCUUACAAUUCGCCACUAAAGAAUGAGAACGGCGACGCCCUCAUUAUCGGCGCCAGCAGUGUCGAACAGCUGCAAGAGACGUUGGACUCGAUCGGAGGCGGGCCGCUCAGCGACAAAGCCGUCAAGAGGAUCGAUGCCAUCUGGGAUGAGAUCAAACACGAAGCACCGCUCGACAAUUACCAUUCUUGAGCUGUUGAUGCUCGUCCAUAUGAGAGUUACGGACACGAAUUGCAGACGCAUAAAGGGGGUAUCUCAUAAGCAAAAAUAUAGACGCUGCUACCCAGUUCCAAUUCAUCCAUCAUUCAGUAUCGCGGUACUGUUCGAGAUAAUUCAACCUCGCUCGACACGCGUCCC